GUGAAAUAAGGACAGCUGGUCAAGGGGGAUCAAGGCUACAUCGAAUACCGGCAAUCUUCUGAAGCUUCAGGUGCCGGUAAAUGCAGCCUGCCGGAAUGUCCAGAUUGGCGCGACGUGUCAAAUCAUCAUAUCUUUUGGUCCUCGCUCGGAUCGGCAGUGUUUCUUUAUCCGCCCCCUUUUGAUUUUCAAAUCCCAGUUGGUCGAGACGUUACGCGUUAUGGUCAACCCGACCAAACAACUUGCUCUCUCUAUAUAAUGUACAGUGUUCGAACGACUCAUUUCAAUCCAACCACAGCCAACAAAUCAUCUCUCCUGUUGAAUAUACAAUCAUGGUUUUCUACGCAUAUGUCAAAUAUGUCACGGAUAACUCGGGCUAUCGAUACGUGAUUACCUUUGCCAGUCGCGAAGUUGCGGAUGAGUGGUGGCGUGCCGUGUCCACUUCCACCGUCACUAGUUUCGUGACUAGCGUUCAGCGUGUCAACGCCCAGUUCUACACCCAUAACGUGGGUGUGGCAAACGCCGCAGACUCCCUCACCACGACUGGGGUUGCGACCCAAUUCCUCGGCAAGGUGUUUUUCACCUGGCUGAAUGACUUAGGUGGUCGCGGCUUGAGCAUCAUCCCACCGCUCGAACAUUUCGCGGACCACAUCAGCGGAAACUCUUUCUUCAUUCGCUCCAAAGUCGCUCCUUACGACUAUUGGUACUAUCCCACAUCGUCUAACACGACGAACGCGGUCUAUGUUUCGCGCACCGAACGCACUCGCUUCACCGUUAGUCUCACAGCGGCACUGCAGGCACCGUCAUGAUUGGCUCUGACGAUGUCGUUAUCACGUUGACCACCGCUGAUCUGUCGGUCAACGUCGAUGCCACCAGUGGUCAGGUGAUCCUUUCACUUGCUCCUCUG